GGCUCACUCUGCACGGCACGCACGUCCAGGCGACAGUAGCCAGCUGCACACGCUAGAGGUUGGUUGUGUCUCCUCUUGAGUCUCCAGCUUUAUCACUUGACCCUGAAGGCACAGUAAACACCGCGUCUCUUCUUCAGGCAACAUUAACAUAGUGCCAGACUGUGUUGAUAAGGAAGUUGUGAAGUGAUCUGACUGGUGCAGGCGACUACUUCAGGAGCUUGGUGACUUGUGUGGCAGUACAGUAUGGGCGUGAGUCGCGUGAUGGAGGCGGCACAGUCCCUGGUGUUGGGGCUGGUGGCGCUGGUCACCGGGCCGCCACACGUAGUCCUCGUCGGCCUCGACUCCUCCGGCAAGACGACGGCGCUGCUGAGGCUCAAGUACGGCCAGUACGUGAACGCCGUGCCCACUGUGGGCUUCAACUGUGAGAAGGUGCGGUGUGGGGGAGGCCACUGGCUGGUGUGGGACGUGGGGGGCGCUGAGCGGGUCAGGCCCCUCUGGAGGUCAUACACCAGGGCCACGGACGCUCUUGUUUUCGUGGUGGACUCGAGUAGCAGUAUGGACCGCCUGGAGGAGGCCCGCCUGGAGCUACAUAGAAUGACGCGGCAGCAGAGUAGUGAGUGUGUGGCGCUCAACAGGGCCCGACCGCCCCUUCUGGUUCUGGCCAACAAGCAGGACCUGCCAGGGGCCAAAGACACCCAGCAGCUGGCCAAGUCUCUCGGCCUGACAGACCUACCCCACUGCCAGCCCUGGGCUGUGGCCGCCGCCUGCGCCGUGACGGGCGAGGGACUGGACGACGCUAUGGUCGCCCUACACCACCUGCUGCUCAAAACCAGGAAGAUGCACAGGUCCAGGAAGUGAGCACAGGUGUCUCAGGAAGUGAAGACCUUACAGGUCACAACAAAUGUGUUACAGUUGUGGUCAAGUCACCAAGUCAUGGCACCAAAGAAACGAUCUGACCGACUGAACCACAUUAAAGGGGUCAAGGCAGUCAGUCGCAUCUGUGGCAUCUGCAGGUCACUUGGACAGCGGCUACAGGUCACCACAGGUCCACCAGUGACCUCAACAGGCACACACUGUUUAUGUUCAUGACGGCCAUACAAGUCAUAAACAAUAGAGUAAACAAUUCUCCAUCUGGACAGUGGAGAGAAUUUUUGCAACAUUAGAUAUUGAAAUGAAAUAAUUUAGCAGAUUUAAACAGUGAGAAGUUGGCAACUGUUGAGUGAACUUUGCAAUUGCAGACACAAAUGAUCAGACUGUGAUUAUUGGAUACUUAAAUUGUGCUAUUUGGUAUAUUGAAAUGGUAGAUAAUUAUUACAAAACAGAAAAUGGAUAAAACUUUGUAAUAACUGACAGAAAAUGAAGAACGUUUUGCAGUUUUAUGACAGUGAAACCGAGUAAAUAGUUGCAGAUUUGGGAUGAUCAAUAUUUUGUUGCAAUUUUGGACAGUGAAAUGGUUGGAUACUGACAGAAACGGAGAUAAUUAUUUAGACAGGGACAAUCUUAAAUAUUGUGUGAACAGUGAACACAACAGUGCUUUAGACAGAUAAACAACAGAAGAAUAUGAACAACUUGACAGUACAAUAGACAGAAAUCGAGGCAUUGGACAAUACUGUAAACCGGACACACUUGAACAGAAAGGAGUAUUGGACGGUGAUGGAC